CCCAUCACUGCGUCUUAGUGUGUGUGAGAUUCAGUCACUCGUGCUGCUGAAAGUUGAUCUGAUCAUAACACACAGCGCCGCUCGAGCCUGUCCACCGCUGUUGCUGUUGUGACGUCAGGUUUUUUGGUUGCUUGGUUUCGUAGCAACGGUGGUCAGAACAACAGCGCGGCUCUUACGGAGUAAACAUUCCUACAGUUAAAGUUACUCCAGCUGAGGAGAUUCAGCUCGCAAUGCCGCGAAACCGAGAUCCGUUUCCUUUUCCAAGAUAUGAGAAUGACCAAACUUUUACAGGGAAUCAAGUUUGUCAGAAACCCCCUUUUAAAAAGCCCACCCACAUCGCGCAGAAUGAUCAGCCGUGGAGCCGUCUGAACGAUACGGCAACCGAAACCAGCAUGAGGCGAAGCGUCCUCUACCAUGAUAAGGAGGCACCAAAAGACAGUCUGGACUUCCAUCUCAGAUCUGUCUAUGAUAACCAUCUGGACUUCCUCCGAAACAAGAACCAAACGCUGUUACAGCGAGAGACCCUGAAGGAGCGGAGGGUAAAACACAAAGAAGCAGAUGAACCAAUCUGUGACACUCAGGAAAUGAGAGUGUGGGUGAACCCUCAGAAAGAGUCCAUCUACAGCAUUGAGGGAACCAUUGAGUCUCACCACAACGCUUCUACAAACCGAGGCUACUCCAGGAAACACGACGGCGGGUUUUAUUCAGCAUAAAGCACCGUUUUUACCAAAAGCAGCUAUACUAGCUACUCCUCAGCUAGAUAUACUGUACUAACUUUACCUGUAUGAUACGAAAAAAAAACACUGCCGAAAAAAUAAAGUAACUCACAAAGCA